GAAGACUUCACUGAAGAAGUUGCUGAGACAUCCUUGAUUACAGCCUUCAGCAUUCAGUCACCAAGUCCACCUCCUCAGUCCAUUGAUAAACGUGCAAGGCGGAUGAAUAAACAGCUAACACAAGCAUUGAAAACACUGAACAAGGCCAAGAUUUCUUUAAACAAGGUAACACCACCCAGAAGACAGUCUCGUCGGCGUGACAGUGAUGUCAUCAUUGUUGGCGAGGAGCAUUCUCUACAGAAUACCUUGGUGGUCAAAGUUCGCUAUCUGACCAAAGUUUAUCGGAUCCAGAUGCAGUUGAAUGAACCAUUCCAUGUACUGACAAGUAAACUGAGCCAAGAAAUUGAUGAGGCCGAACACAGCUUGGGCUUGUUUCUUCAUGACAGAUCACUUGAGGUGUCAGAGACCCCGUCUUCUGUGAAUCUGACUGUGGCAGAUAUCAUAGUCAGUGAAGAGUCUGUAAGUGCAGCAGACGCCAUCGAGCUAGUCAUUCAGUGCAAGAACAGCAAGAGCCGGAUCACAAUAACAGCCAAUAAGCGGCGUCCUCUCAGUGAUGUCAUUCAGAAAUAUGCCCAGCUUGUCAAUGCUGAAGCUAAUUCCUUUGUGUUUUCAUUUGAUGGUGAGGACAUUGAGCCUACAGACACUCCCGGCAAGCUGGACAUGGAAGACCAAGAUGUUGUUGAUGUUGUUUAUGAUUAG